AUGGAUUUAUUAUUCAGUCAGGUUUUUAAAAAUAUUUAUUUAAAGAAAAAAAUCUAUUCAUAUAUUUCAGAGUAUAAUAAAGAACAAAGAUUAAUCAGAUAUAACUAUUAUGAUUUCCCAUUAGAACUCGUUUUAAAAACAAAGAAUCAACCAUUAUUAAUUGAAAAAUUAAAUAAUUUUAAUAAAUAUUUUAAAAAUAAUAAUAAUAAUAAAAAUAAUAGUAAUAAAAAAAAAAAUAAUAAUAAUAGUAAUAAUAAAAAUAAUAAUAAUAACGAUAAUAAUCAGUAUUCAGAAAUAUCAAUAUUAAAUAGUAAACAUUUUUUAACAUUUAAUGAACAAUGUUUAAAACUAUUAUAUAAAUGGGGUGAAUUAUCAUUAGAAUUAUUUGAACUUAUUUUUCAAACAUUUAAAAAAGAAAUUGAAGAAAUAAUUGGAAAAAUUAAAAAAAUAAAUAAAGAUGGAAAAGAAAAAAUACAACACCAUAUUAAUUUAAUCAGUAAUGGAGAUUUAGAUAAACUCAAAUAUAUAAUAAAUAAUCAAUUACUCGAAACUGAGUCAAUCAAUAUCAAUUCAGUUUUUAGUUUAAUACAUUCAAGAAAAUUAAAAAGAAAAAGAAAAAUGAUUCGUUCUGAAAUUACAAUCCAAGUGAAUCAUGAUGAAGAAAUAAAAUUACAAGAAAUAUUUCAAUAUUUAAUAAAUGAAUAUAAAAUUUAUUUAUCAUUUACUCAAUUAACAACAUAUCUAUGUGAAAUUAUGAUUACAGAUCAAUCGAAAAUAUUUGGAAAACAAAUUAUAGAAUUAUUUCCAAAAGAAUUACCAAUCAUACAUAAGCAAUUAACCAAUGUAUUUGAUAUAAUUUCUAAAUUUAAAGAUCAAUAUAUAUUUAAAUUAUUAUUAGAUAAAUAUAAAUAUACACCACCAACACCACCAACACCAACACCAACACCAACACAAACACCAACACCAACACUUGUACCACCAACAACAGCAACAAAAGCAACAUCAACAACAACCGAAUCAGAAAUUUUUACAUUGUUAGGUAUUAGAAUAAGUAAAUCAACUUUAGAAGCAAUGAAUUUUCCACUUGAAUUUAUUUUAAACAAUUUUGAUUUAGAAAUUGUAAAGGUACUUUGUGAAGCAUUAAAAUCAAGAUUAUUCAAUGAAACAACAGAUAAAUUCAAUACAUGCCCAACUAAUCAUAUAAUAUAUGACCCUAAAAUUGCAUUGUUUUUAAGUGAUAAUUAUUUUUUAUUAUUAAAAAAAAAGAAAAAUGAAAUUAAAAUCUCAUGGCUAUGUGAUUUACAAUUAAGAAUCAUUGGUAAAAGGGAACAGGUUAAAUUUGAAACUUCUCAAUAUAUUUUAAAUUGUUAUUUUGAUACUAUCAAUAAAGAAAUGAUAGAGUCUGAACAAUUUUUAGCACGACAAAAUAAUAAUAAUAUUAAUAAUUAUUAUAAUAAUUCAUUAUUAGCGCAACAGCAAAUUAAUUUUAAUAAAUAUCCAUUUUUAACAUCAUUAGUUGAUAUUAUAAUAAAGGAAGAAAAUGUUGAAGUAUUGAUUGCUCAUUUUAGUAUUUUUCCAAAUUAUUACAAUUUCGAUCAAGUUAAUAGUGCAUUUUAUAGUGGAAAUAAACAAUUAUUUAAUUGUUUUAUAGAAAAUAUAUUUAAUGGUAAUUUUCCAUACAAUUAUAAUAUAAUUUCAAUUAUUUCAUUUUUGGCUUCAUGUAUCGAUUAUGGUUCUUUUAAACUUUUUAAUUUUAUUUCAUUAACAAUUAAGAAUAAUGAAAAGAUUACUUUAAAUGAUUUUAUUAAUAAUUAUCGAUUUAUUAAAUGUUUAAAAAGUGCAAAAAAUAAUAAUAAUAUCUCAAGAAAAUGGUUUAUCAAUUCACAUUUAAAAUCAAUUUAUUCUGAUGCAUUAUCACAUACAGUCUUUCAAAUUUUAAAUAAAAAAGUUGAUUAUGGAAUUAUUCGUAAAGCUUUAAAAUCAGAUUCAAAGUUUAUCAUUGGAGAAUUAAUAUCAAACCAAAUUAUGUAUUGUAAUAAUAAUGAUAAUAAUAUUAAUAAUAAUAAUGAAAAUAUAAAGGAUUUGAAAAAUAUUCCUUUAAAUAUCAUUCGUUUUGCUGUUAUUAAUGGUAUUGUUUUAGAUUCAGAUAACCAAUUCAAAUCAUUUGGUUUCGAUGAUGAAGAUUUAGUAAAAUCGUUAUAUGAAAAUAGUAUUGAUGAAAUAUUAUGUAGUAAACAAUUAUUGGAUAAAAAUAAUGGUAAAGGAUUUGUAUUUCAUAAAAUUUUAAUUAAAAUGUUUUUAAUGGAUAUAUGUCAUUUAAAGAUAAAGGAAAUCGUUCAUUAA